CAAAAGCUUACACAGAAAUGGAGUUUGAAUUCCAUAUGAGGGAGCUAGACAACUUGGAUAAGCGCAUAAGACCGUACCUGGAGAAAAUUGGCCAUGAAAAAUGGUCAAGGUAUCAUUCAGAAAACAACAGGUACUCUACCAUGACAUCAAACAUAGCUGAGGCACUGAACUCAGCAAAUUUAGCAGCAAGGGAAACACCAGUGACAACAUUAAUGGAGUGCUUGAGGGCACAAAUGCAAGAGUGGACAUACAAUAAUAGAAAGGAGGCACAAAAAUGCACAACAAGGCUGACACCAUCAUCUGAGAAAAAACUCAUAGGGAACUAUGUACAGUCAUUGCGACUAACAGUGAAACCAGCAAACCAGAACCUGUUUGAGGUGAUAGAUGAAGACAGAACAAGAAUAGUAAACUUGAAGGAGAAGACGUGCACAUGCAAUAGAUUUCAAAAAGAUGAAAUGCCAUGUAACCAUGCAGUCGCCGUCAUGAAGGACUUGAACAUAAACACAUACAACUACUGUGCACAAUACUACACAUCAAAAGCAUGGCUGCAAACAUAUGAAGAAACAGUAUACCCAGUUGGAAACGUAAGAGAAUGGGAACUUCCAGAUUUUUUUGAAGAAAUCAUAGUGUUGCCUCCAAAGGAGAGAAUCAAGUCUGGAAGGCCGAGGAAAAGAAGAAUGGCAACAGCUUGGGAAACAAAGAAACAAAACAAGUGUGGCAAGUGUGGACAAAAGGGACAUAACAAAAAGACCUGCAGAAGAAUUACAGCAUAGAAGUGGAAACAACUACACAUCAACCAAAAAACAACUAUAUUAAAACAUUUAGAAAACACAUACUGCAUAUUACGAUUGGUUGUUACAUACAUUUUUUUAUUGUGAUUUUUUAUGUGGAGAGAUAUUGAUAAUAGGGAAUUGGUAUUAUUAUCAUUAAUAUACAAAAGAACAUCAAAUA